AUGCUAGUCCACGAAUAUGACGACGAGAGGACUUUGGAGGAGGAAGAGUCAUUGGAGGGCGAGAAAAACUUUAACUCAGAGAUAGCCGAUCUAGAGAAGGUUGGUUGGCUAGCUAAUAAUAGGAAUUAAUGGCCAGUUUCCUUUCUUUUGGACCGGCAAUGUAGUUGUCGCUUUUAUAGGAAGGUUUUUCAUUCUGUCGAUGCUUGAAUGACCACUUCCUUCCCUACUAUAAUUAAUCAAAUGUUAUAGGCUAGGGGGGAAAGAAUAAUGUAUCACAUGACUAUGUUCUUUGUUGUUAAUGAGACAGACACUAUCAUGGAACUUUGUUGAACCAUUCUUCACAUAGCAGACAUGUAUUAUCAUGAUUUGGAUUGUAGAGACAUUAUCUAAUAUGAUUUAUUUUUGUUGUAACAGGAGGGGAACAUGCCGUUGGAGGAACUGCUGGCCAUCUACCGCUACGAGGCGUCUGUCAGUACGGCUGCAGGCUCCAGUAUGGACAGCUUUUCUGGGGAGCUGACGGAUGAGCUGCCAGACAUGACUUUGGACAAAGUGAGCAAAAUUCAUUCCAAUAUUUCAGAUUUGGUGAAGGGAACAUUGUCACAGUGCCAAAUUUGUGGAUAUUCUAAGAUGUUUUCUGUCAAGUUCCCUUAUGUAUCUGUGAUGGCCAUCUAUCCCAACUAUGAUUACAUUAUAAGUGUCUGUAUUACUUCUGUAUUACCGCCAAAGUGUGUUUACAACAGAUAUGGAACAAAACAAACUUGUAGCUUUUAGGAUCAAUUGAUCCUUGGCGGGCUCCCAGCGCUAACUAACAGUACUGAUGUAACUAACGGUUACUAAUGAUGAUUGUGUUCUUCCACAGGAGGAGAUAGCUAAAGACCUGCUAUCAGGGGACUAUGAGGAGGAGACCCAGUCCUCUGCUGAUGACCUCACCCCUUCAGUCACCUCCCAUGAGGCCACCGACUUCUUCCCCAGAACACUCAGAUGUAAGGCAAUUCACUUCAAUUCAAAUCAAACUUUAUUAGGACAUCUCAGGGAUAAAUAAGACAUUAUCAGAGCACAAUUAUAAAACACAAAUACAAUUUGUCAGAUUCAUAUCAUGCUUUAUAGUGUGAAUGCAAUAUUUUAUUUUCCCAAUUUUAGCCUGCAGUAUGCUGUCAUUGAAAACUCAUAAUAAUGGCAAAAAUACUGUCAAGUGCAGGUGUCAUUAUAAACAAAAGUACUUGAACUUAUUUAUCUUGUUAUCUUUGACAGCAUUUAUCCCCUCCUAAACAUUCAUACCAUAUUUUAAUGACCUUGUCACGUGAUGAGUUGAUAAGCACAGGGUCCCAUAUAGCAAGCAUUCUAAUGGGGCGUGCCCAUUCUGUCUUUGCAUUGUCAGCUAACACUAUCUACGACGGUGAUAAGGAGUCCGAGUGUGAGGAAGAUGGGCCAGGCCCAGACGACUCCAGAAAAGUAAGAAUCCUGUCCUCCUUUUAAAAGUGACUUGAUUGAAGAAGAUACAGGAUUAAGUUUCCCAUAAGCACCAAUUGGAAGUCAGUUAUUUUACUUUCCAAUGGUUAAGGUUGUUUAGUAACCUUAUUUGGUUAACUGAUCCUAGACCUCCAUUUGGGCUGAUGGUAGAAACAUGGUGCUGCAUGUUCUGUGGGGUAAAUCUGUUUGUAUUUGCAUUUCACAGGAAAUAAUGGUGGGUUCGCAGCACCAAGCAGAGGUCCCCACCCACCUCUGUCACUAUGGCAAUGAUAAGGGUGAGUUCAGGCUUUCUCAAGAGGUUAACCCAUAAACCCGUUGCACUUGACAGUCAGACAUUUAGCAGUGUUUCCAAGUGUAACAUUGCACAGUGUCUAACAUUGUGAUUCUCAUCUGCCAUUUUCGUGCAGUAUACGAAGAUGAUGACCAGUUGCUAUGGAGCCCGGGCGUGUUGUCAGAGAGCAAGGUCAGGGACUUCCUGUGUGAGGCGUCGUUACGGGCGACCGAUGAGAGGACAGGAAGUGACAUGGCAGGGGCUCAUGUGAGCGACAAUGAGCAGGUCAGUCAUCACUACAUGUAAUGGUCAAUCUUCAUCUAGCUGUCUGUCUUACUGGCAUUGUGGAAGACUUCUUUAAGACUCGCUGGAUGUCAUAACAUUAGACAUUCUCCAGCUGCCAUCUCAGAGUUGUUGUCUGUCUGUCAAAGUUACAUGAUGUUGAUUGUCAUGGUUGUUGUCAAUGUAAGUCGUUGACCUAUUCCUCUCGUUUCCCUGUAGGCUCUGUAUGAGCUUGUGAAAUGCAACUACAAUACCCACGAAGCACUGGAGAGGUAUUGCAGUAAUGUGAACUCAUCAAAGGGUAAGUUACCAUUUUGAAUGAUUAGUAGACUCUUUGAUGAAUGUCACUGCAAUGGGAGAGGGGAAAUGACCCCUUGUGAUUGUUAUUACAGAGAAAUCCCCACUGUGGUCUGAAGAUGAAUGCAGAAACUUUGAACAUGCACUACAGAUAUAUGAUAAGAACUUUCACCUCAUACAGAAACACAAGGUGGGACACUGUCUGUUACUGAUUUUAAAGGUGGUUAAAUUAUUGUAAUAUCAUUUUGAUAGCUUCUGUAAGGAUAUGAACAUGCACACUUUAUUUACCCUUUCUUUAAAAAGCCUGUGGCACUAACUUCCUGUGUUGGAGAACUCUUCUCUUCAUCAUGUAUAUCUGCCCUUUAUCAGGUUAAGACACGGACGGUAGCUGAAUGUGUGGCUUUCUACUACAUGUGGAAGAAGUCGGAGCGCUUUGAUUUCUUUGUCCAGCAGAAUCGCUUUGGCAAGAAGAAGUAUAGCAGCUAUCCUGGCAUAACGUAAGUGAUCAUUCAGUCUGCUCAACAACCGUAGUAACUGAGGUCUGAAUUCAUUGCCAAAUGUAUGUCAGAUAGUCAAAGACGUAUAGAGUUUCCUCUGAAUAUGAUGAUAGCCUGUGUAUGCAAAUUGUAUUUUAAUGUGCUUGCAACUACACAAAAGGGGUGGCGAUGGCUAAUGGUUAUAAUGUGAGUGUGUGUUAAUGUCUUGUGUGUUCCCGCUGCCUGCAGGGACCUGAUGGACCGGCUGGUGGACGAGGCAGAAGGCCUGGCAGUAGACAGCUCAUCCUCUGUGUGCUCAGGUGGAGGAGGAGGGGUGAGGAUGGAGCCCACCACAGAGCAGCAGCUCAGCCUGCUCGACUCCAUCACUGCCAGCGACCUCACAGGUUAGUCAACAGGGUCUCAGACGCUCCACACUGCAUGUAGCACAAACUGAAACCCUCCUUCCUUGAUAGGGUAACUCUUUUUCACAAGCCUAACUUCAGAUAUGGUAUUCGAUAUUACAUUACACAGAUUAUACACAACAAUACAAUUUUAUACCUUCAACAUAAGUCCUAAAAACAAUACAUAAGAAAUCCACAGAUAACCAAGUAAUUUAUAUAUGUUUCCCCCUCCCUCAGCCCUGAGUAACAGCGUGGCCACAGUGUGCAGCCCAGCGGAGGUGAGCUGCCUGGACUCGUACAGUUUCCCCCCUCUGGAGAGCCUCCACCGAGGGUCCCUGGCCCAGGACGAGCCCCUGGGCUUCCCCUCCAACGGAGGAGAUCCCGACUGUCUCAACAUGCUGGACACCGGCUUCUACCACUCUGACCUGGGCCAGCGGGGAGGGGUGUACGGGGGCAAGGACUGCGAGCGGCCUUCUAAGAGGCUCAAGUUGACGCUGCCCGACUCUUUCAUCAACGACGUUUCCGUGGGUAACCUCGGAGUGGACUUUGAGGGGCGGCGGAACACGCCGCACCACCGCAUCACUGGCGCCAAGAUGGCUGUGUCCGUCACAGACUUUGGGAGCUUGGCGGGCAGUGGGGAUCCCAAUGGGUUUAUGGGAGCACAUGCACGACAUCACAGCACGGCGCUCCAGUCAGAGUGA